UUUAAAAGCGAACGGCGGGGGAGGGGGGAGCUGUCGGGAGUGGCGGGCGCUGGGGUGGGAAGAGGAGGAGGAACGAGCGAGGGCUGUGCUCACGGGUGGAGUUGCGUAACGGGGGCUCCGGGCUGGAGGAGUGGACGCCGCUAAGGAAGGCGCCAUGUCCCACCGGCGGGGGGCAGUAGGCACGCUCGCACCCCCCGCCCCGCCCCGGGCGUGGCGCUGUUGGCACAAGCGGGAAAUAAAGGCUUCCCGGGAGCAGGAACGGGGCUGCGAGGGAGAUGCUUGGGUCGGCGGACAACGGUCGCACGGAAGGGCGGGGGCCGCCCCCGCCGUUGGUUUCGCCCACGCCCCCCGCCUCCCCCGGGAGCCCGUGACAGGUGGAGCGGGCCCCGCCGGCGCGCGCGCUUGGCGCGAGACGCGCGGCAAGUCUCGCGAUGCCUCGCGGGCCUCAGGGCGUGAGGGCGGGGAGGGCCCGGGCCCGCCGCGGCCGGGGAGCGCGAAGGACGGCGCGGGGAGCGGCGGGGAACGCCGGGGAACGCCGGGGAACGCGGGUUCUGGGCACGGCUCCGUGUGGAUCCUCACACAUUUUCUGGUCCUGAUGGUGAAGAGAGACUGGCAGGAAUGGAGACCUGGUCAAGACAAAGUCUUAAAUAAUGCAAGUGAAGACUGAGUAGUGUGUCCAUGCUGCUCUUAAAAGCAGACUCUUGUAAUGUAGCUCUGCUUUCUGAUGCAAAUGCAGGAAGAACAAAAAAAAGCAUCUUGGUUUGAUGAUGUUGCAUUUCUUCAUAAAAGAGUCAGCUGCCAGUUUGUUGGGAGUAGUGGUAUAAGAGACAGGCACUUGUGUUUAAAGUCUCUUGCAACUUGUGAGUUGCAAGUUUGAAAUUCAGAUAAAGCCCAAGUUAUUUUUGGUUCUGGGAAUGGGCCAGUCUGCUAAUAGUGGAAACACUAUGAUCAAACAUCUGUGUUCAUGUGUAUUGUCCGUGGUUCUCUGUCAUGGAUUUUCUCAGCAGACUUUCCUCAGGUGCCAAAAUCAGUGCCAAGAGCCUGACUGGUUGGGAAUGUGCCAUAAAUAUGGGAUUUCAAUGCAGAUUGUUUCUGUGGUUCUGGACUCUCAGGUGUAAAAUUUCCACUUUGCAGUAUCCCGAAUAUAAAUCAGCAGAAAGUUGAGUAGACAAAACCAUUUCUCAGUGGAAGAAAGGGAUUGUUGAACAACAGAGCAAAUCAGGGGACCACAGAAGCAGAGUCCUAGUCCAGCUGAAACUUGUGUGCAGUUGAAGUCACAACCCCUGAGUUACCUCUCUAGUCCUGUCAGUGCCACCCUUAACCCCCUAUACCCUGCCUGAACUGAUGGCUUUGAAUUUCCAGAUGUUCUUAUUUGUUUGUUUAUUUGCUGUCACUUCCAAGUCAGGUAGCAAAUUUGAAGGAGCAGUAGAUCAGUCCCUGUUGGACACAAUUGAAAUCUCAUGGUCUUCCACAAAAUAAAGUACUCCAGGCAUACUUUAUAGUCACCUGCAGCAAGAUCUACCCCUGGAAAAACUGUGGUGUUUGAAGCUGGGUAUAUCAGUUCCAAUUGGUUUGGUUUUCAUUUUUGAAAACUUUGAAGUUCUGGGCAGCUGCAAGCCUUGACCAGCUAAUCAAAUGAGGGCAGAGGUCCUCUCCUUAGCCAAGAGUCUGCAGAAGCUCAGGAGCCACGUGUGAUCUCUACUGAUGCUGCUCUUUAAGGAUUUUGAGGUGUGGAGUCAACAUUAUGCUCCCAGUAGCUCAGGAGGCCUCAGACUAUGAGGCAAAUCCUUUUGCAGCAGAGCAGGCAAAAUGUGAUGAGACAGCCUUGGAUUCAUGUGGCAACGUGCAUGUAUUGAAAGACAGCAACAAAAAAUGCAGACUGACCAACAGAACCCACAGGAUGCCAUUUUGUGUCCUACAGAACAUAAAUUAAUACUUACAUUGUUGCCAUCUUGCCAAAUUUUAGUCAACCUGCCUAAAAUACGUGGCUAUUUGGCACAUGAGGGAAAGCAGCAUAAACUAGUAAAAUCUGCCAGUAGGUCAAGGAGAAAGGAGUUUCAUUAAUGUUUUUCUGCAUUUGUUUUCCUUACUGUUGUUUUCUUUUACUCCAAGGUAAAUAUAAAUUACUGAACAAUUUUCUUGAUAUUUGGAACAAAAAAUCUUGUGGUACUUCCUUUUUGUACUCUAGCAGUGGCUUUUCUAUUGUCCAGGAGUUUGUAUUUAAAUUAUCUGCAAUUUUCUUUCUAACUACCCACUCUAAAGUUCUGGUGGGUGUUGUGUGAUGAUCUGUGUUUUAACAGUAUAUGGUGGUCAAGAAACUGGGGAAGCUGAUCUAAACCCCAUUUAUAUAUUCAUUUUAUGUUGUUUUUUUUUCCGCACAAAAAAUGCAAAUGCUUUGCUAGCAAUAAGGAAAACCUAUACAUGGAUAGGAGAAUUAUUAAUGAAAAUAGGAAAAAAAUCAUCACAAUGCUCUUUAUUACUAUGUUGAAGAAAAAAUUGCUUUUUAAUCUCAUAAAUACUUUCCCAGCAUUGGGUAGUAAGGGGAGUGAACUAGUCUAGGAAAUGGGUUAUUAUAAAGAAAAAAAUACAGGGUUUUUUAAUGAAAAUUUUGAAAAUAAAGGCUAAAUGCUGUGGUUAUAGACUUUAAUUAUUAUUAUUCUGUCUUGCUUGAAUCAUGUGGUCGUUUUUGUCUAUUGCUCUCUCUGUCCUUGGUUAGGAUGAGUUUAAAACCUGGAUUGUCUUUGAAAGGCUUAAUGUGGGAAUGCAUUUGGGAGUUAAGUGGUAAUUCAUGGUCAUAAGAAGUCCACACAGUCACCAGGUAAGCAGUAAUAUCCAUCCCUGUGCAGCAACAUGUCAGCAAUUCAGUGCAAACAUGGAAAACCAUGAAUUUGUGCCAUCACCUUAACUGUAUUCUGAGCUGUUUGAUGAAAUUCAGAAAGCAGGGCGUUUUGGGGUGUUCUGUGGAUUUGCUGUGUAAGAGACCAGUUCUGUGCAUGCCAGCAUGAGUGCAGGGACCCUUUGCUGAAGCUCUACCAGCAGAAGAAACAAUUGUUAGAAGAUCUGUAUCCUAUUUUUGCUGUGUAUAGAUCUAUGUUGUACUAACUGACAGUUUCUGCUGACUUGGAGAAAUAAAUAAUGUCAAAAAUUA